CCACCCGUACCGUCAUCGUAGUCUUGAUCGCCAUAACCACCAGAACCGUCAUCAUAGCUUUGGUUAUACCCGCCCGAGUUGUCGCCGUAGCCAUGGCUAUGUUGUCCGUAGCCUUGAUUGUGCUGUCCGUGGCCUUGUCCACUGUAACUACCAUGACCACCAUGUCCUUGGCCGUAUUGCCCAUCUUGCGUACUCGUAUCCGAAUCAAGUAUUUCAGCGAUGUCGUUCAUGACGCCCAACAGGGGUCCGUGAGUGCGAAAUCCGACUUCUUCUUCCACAAUCUGGUUGAGAAACGCGAGGAUGUGUUCGCAAUGGCCCGUCUGCGCGAGCUGCCGGACGCAACUCGUCACCUCUGUUUUGUAAAAGUCGUGCCCGUCGUGCCCUUCAUUGUAUAGCGCUUCUUGUAAAUAGUGUAUACCUU